UCGGAUGCACUCGCAGCCGCCACCUACCUCCCGCCCCCCGAUUCAAAUCCCGCUGCCCACGCCCGCGCACCACCACACUCCUCCGCCCGCGCGCCACCACACUCCGCUGCCCGCGCCCGUAGGACGCAAACCCCACGCCGCUCUUCCUCCGCCCGUCGACCCACUCCGUCCCUGAUGCCUCACUCGCCGCGCUCGUCCCGCCCUCGGCGCCGCACCUCCACUGCCACCUCCGAUGGCUCCUCGCCUCCGCCUCCGCCUCGGGCGGAUGGCCGACACCGACGCCGAGAGCCACGGGCCGCCGCCGACGUGAGGAGGGGGAUCUUCGACCGCCUGUAGGCCGCCAGCAACCAGGAGGCGCUUCCGUCCACGGCCACUCGUUCCUCACCACCACCACCACCACCGGUCACCACCCACCGCUCACCGUCGGCGUACGAAAUGCUGUCCGCGUCCCUGAAGACGCCGCCCUCCCUCGCGGCGCUCUCCCCGUCCGCCUGCGGCCCCGUGCCGGCCGCCUCCUUCCCGCCCCUUCUUCCCAGCCGCGGCCGCUUCCGCCUCUCGGCGGCCGCGUCCGAAGGCGCCACCGUCAGCCAGGAGGACGAUGCGUUCGAGGAGGCGCGCCUGGCCCAGUUCGCGGCGGACUGGAAGGCUGUGCGCGCGGACAAGGACCAGGGGAAGAUCCUCACACUGCCCGUGCUGCGGUCAAACACCGGUGGAAUCAUCCUCAAGUACAACUCCAUGCAGGGCUUCAUGCCCAACCCUCUCCUCAGCCCUGCCCAUUGGUGUAAAGAUCCCAAAAGGCCCAUUCAAGAUGUUACAAAGGACCUAGUAGAUUCCUUUGUUUCUGUCAAGGUCGCGGCGACCACCAAGAAGACACCCAACACCCGCAUCCCAAACUACCCGAGCCUGCCGUCGCAGCUGCUAUGUCAAGUCCACAACAUCACCAUGCAUGCUGGCAAGGACACUGACGAGGUCUACUCACAGAUGACUCCGCAACCAGUAAACUCUAAGCUCAAGGUGAAGAAGGCCAUCGAGAAGGGCAACACCGACAGCGCCCAGAUCUAUUGAGGUGGCGCCUAGUCUUCAUGCGGUCCUUUUGUCAUGAAAGAAUAGUGUUACAAAUCCUUCACGCUGCUAUUGAAUACUCCUGCUGCCACACAAGACGACCAAGAUGAGUCCGUCGAUGAAGCAACAGCGUCUCCUCUAGAGGGUGACGGCGGCGGCGCCUGUGUGCGGCUUCGACUACAACCUCCUCUCUGGAGCUCCAGUCCUAAGAAAGUUGGAAGUGCGAAGACGUGAAGAAAAGCGCGAAGUUGUGAAGUGCGACUCAGCAAAGAGUUGUCUGUUCUAUUUGACUAUAAUAUUGUAAUAGCUGGUAUACCCUAGGUUGUAAUAGUCUACAGAAAUUGUAAUACACUAAUCUAGUGUUAUUUGACGAAUUUCACAUGUUCUCUUGUUUGGAAUAUUUGAUUAUGAAUGUGAUUUGAUAGUGUGUGAGAUGGGAACCUGACAGUGCAACCCACUUAUGAAAUAAUAUGAGUCUGUAACUUUCUGAUGUGUGUGAUCAAUA